CGCCAGCCAGAAAACCCAUCAGAAUUCAAGCAAUCUUCUACCCUGCAUGGUCGCCAGCUGUACUCAUUUGAUUACUUAGUCACUGAUACAAUGUUUCCUGCAACUUUCAAACUCUGUGCUGGUAUUUCCUAUCGUCACAUGCGAAAUAUGACAGGUUUGAGGAAGAACGCAAUGGUGGCGAUCCACCAUGAGUUAAGCCGUCUGUCAUGUCCAGGGCCAAGCAGCUGGAUCAGCAACGUGCGACGCAGGAGCUCGCUGCGCAGCAACCGAAUUGAGGAAGAGCCAUGUAGCGAGGUGGACCUGGCCUAUGUAAAGCAGGGACAGGAGGCCUUGCAGAAGUCUAUCUGCAUCCUCAGUGAACAAAAUGGCUGGCAGACAGAAAUUGUGACAGCCAGUGGUGAUAAGGUCCUGAGCAAGGUGCUGCCCGACAUUGGUAAGGUGUUUAAACUGGAGGUGGUGCUGGAUCAGCACCCUGAUGAUCUCUAUAAUGAACUAGUAGGAAACAUGGAGCAGAUGGGGGACUGGAACCCAAAUGUCAAACAGGUCAAGAUCCUCCAAAAGAUUGGCCAGGACACCAUGGUGACUCACGAGGUUUCCGCUGAGACUCCCGGUAACGUGGUCGGGACGCGGGACUUUGUAAGUGUGCGCUGCGCCAAGCGGCGAGGCUCCACAUGUUUCCUGGCCGGAAUGUCCACCCAGCAUCCGGGAAUGCCAGAGCAGAAGGGCGUUGUGAGGGCAGAGAAUGGACCAACCUGCAUUGUGAUGCGCCCAAAUGCAGACGACCCAGAGAAGACCAAGUUUACCUGGUUAUUGAGCAUAGACCUUAAGGGAUGGAUACCAAAGUCUAUCAUCAACAGGGUGCUGUCUCAAACCCAGCUGGAUUUUGCCAACCACCUACGAACAAGGAUGGGACCCAGCGGUGGGCUGGAGGCAGCCUUGGCCUGCUGACCCCUCCAGCCCAUGGCUGCACGUUGACGUUUGGCUUCUGAACACGGGAGCCGCUGGCAGACUCCCUCUUAAGAACCUGCCCAGCCAUGAUCUUCUUCUUCACACCCACUUUUGUAAAUACUACACACAACAAGAGGAAAAUGUAGCCCAGCCCUCAUUUAAAAGAGUUCAGUGAGAUCGGAUGCCCCAUUUCAGACCAGAAUUUGUAAUCCAGACUGAAGAUGUACCAGACUAUCUGGCUAUACAAGUUCCUUUUCCCAUCAUGGAGGUCUUGGACAACAGCUCCUCCUGCUGAACCCGCCUCUGUUUCCUAUACCUCCUGCACAUUUAUCUGCCAUAUAUCUAGUACAUUCUCCCUCCAUCUGAACAUUUCUGGCCCACGCGUCUAUGCAUUUCCCAUCACCCUGUCACCUUGUUUGUAUAAAGAAAAAGCACUUUUUAAACAUUUAAUAUUUAUUACGUUCAUGUCAUUGCAUCACCCUGGGUAAGGAUGUCUGCCAAGUGAAUAAACAAAUAUGAUCUAAA